GUGGCCGCAGUCAACGGAUUUUGAGACGAGAGGGAUUUCUAAAACGGACAAAAUGCCAGCCAAGCCAGCCCCUAUCAAGAAGGCGGCCAAGCCUAAGGAGGAAAAGGCAGCGCCAGAGCCAGAACCAGCACCAGCACCUGAACCUGCGCCCGCCGAGCCUGCGCCCGUCGAGGCCCCAGCUGAGGCUCCCCCUGCGGAGGCUGCCCCAGCCGAAGGAGAGGCUCCAGCUGAAGGAGCACCUCCAGCCGAAGGAGAGGCUCCAGCUGAAGGUGCCCCUGCUGAAGAGCCACCUGUAGAGGAAAUCAAGGCUCCCACACCACCCCCUCCCCCAGAGCCUACGAGCGAGCCCCAGGAGCUCUGCGUGGAUGACGUCAGUGACACCUCCAUCACCAUCAGCUGGAGGCCUCCCGCCACCAUCGGAGACUCUGGCCUGGAUGGAUACACUGUGGAGACAUGCCCGGAAGGAACCGAUGACUGGAAGGCCGUAAACGAGGACCUCACCAUCUCCUGCCGUUAUGUCAUCAAGAACCAGACCACCGGUUCCUACGUGAACGUCCGCGUUGUCGCCAUGAACCCCGGUGGCCGUAGCGUUCCCGCUAUGCAUCCCGACUCUGUCCGAGUCAAGGAAGUUGGUGAACGCCCCAAGGUCCGCCUGCCCCGUUUCCUGCGCCAGAGGUUUGUGAAGAACGUCGGAGAGAAGAUCAACAUCGUCAUCCCCUUCAGUGGCAAGCCUUGCCCAGGCGUGUCCUGGACCAAGAACGGCGAGCCUCUGGAAAGUAAGAGGGUGAUGAUUCGUAACUCUGGCACGGACAGCAUCUUCUUCAUCCGCCAGUCGGAGAGGGACGACUCUGGCACCUAUGAGAUGACCGUGAAGGUGGAGAGCUUUGAGGACAAGUCCUCCUUCAUUCUCCAGAUCUGUGAGCUGCCUGGCCCACCCGCUACCAUUAAGAUCGCAGAUACAUGGGGUUUCAACGUCGCCCUGGAAUGGACCGAACCCGCGGAUAAUGGCAACACAACCAUCACAGGCUACACCAUCCAGAAGGCUGACCAGAAGACAGGGGAUUGGUUCACAGUGGCUGAGCAUUACCACAGGAUGAAUGCCACCAUCUCCGACCUCAUCAUGGGCAACAGCUACAAGUUCCGCGUGUACUCCGAGAACAAGUGUGGCAUUAGCGAGGAGGCCAUCACCAGCGAGGACUCCGCCGUGAUCACGAAGACAGCAAUCGAAUACAAGGCUCCAACCUACAAGGAGCAUGACUACAGCGAGCCUCCAAAGUUCACCACCACCCUGUCCGACCGCAGCACUACCAUAGGCUACGGCGCCAAGCUCCUGGCCUCCGUCAGAGGAUGCCCUAAGCCCCAAAUUAUCUGGACGAAGAACCAGAUGAUCUUAUUUCAUGACAACCCCAAGUACCGUCAGCUGAACAACCAGGGGAUCGUCUCUCUGGAGAUCCGCAGGCCCGGCAACUGGGAUGGCGGAGUGUACGCCUGCAAGGCCAAGAACGCCCACGGAGAGGCCGUGAUCUCUUGCAAGCUGACCAUCCAACAAAUUAUUACCGGCGACGAACCAAAGGAGGAGGAAUAAGCACCCACCCUCUGGCAUGCAGAUUUAGGAGCAGCAGGAUCACGGAUUUCAAGAAAGGAUUUUGAAAGUGUCUGACGGUGAAACAACAUGUACAUAUUCCUAUAUGGAUCAAGCAGAAGGCAUGUGUGUGUGUGUGUCUGUGUGUGAGCGUCUGGUGAUCAGGAACAUCAGGAAAUCUUGCAGCCCUUUUUUUCAGGGAUAACGAAAAGCGCGCUAAAGGAGCCUAUAUCCCUCUCCAAAAUGCCUUGACUCAUAGGUAGUAGCCUCCUGUCCCACACACACAGACGGUGGACACAAAGGAACAGCACCCUAUUCGAUUUCUAUUUGUCUAUUUGCUUCUGUUUAUUUGGCCUCCAUUGCUGUGUCCUCCAGCUCAUAACUCAGGACUCUUUUGUCCUCUCGCUGCUCCUGGGAUUAUUAUUUGAAAGCUUGGGGGGGGGGGAAGGGGGGGCGGGCAAAGUCAACUUGUGAAUGUUUGUUAAUGUAAUUAUUAAAGGUUUUAACCCUAGUGUAUCUUUAUUUUUGUUUGUUUAUUAUGUUUGGCUUGGAAAGAGAACUAUAGAAUAAGUUAUCAACUUGAUUAAAUUCAAUGCUGGCUGGAAGGCCGGGUAAGAAGUGCUCAA